AUGGCCAAGGAGUGUCAUCACAGUUGUCUGCAUGUUGAAGUGAGAAAGGGUGAUGUCUCUCUACACGCCUACGCUUUACUGGUGGUUCAUUCAGUGGAAUGUACUGUUUCUAUUGUAAGACAACUUGCCAGUGGCAUUUACCUAUACACAUAUCCUAAUGAACUUGUGUUGCAUCUUAUCCAUGGUGGGCCAUUUUGGGGGCAAUUCCACAGGAUGUCUUUGGCUAUGUUCUUGAAGCGAAUUCAUUUCACGGCUAAUCAGGCAAAAGCACCUAGUCCUCGUGCAAUCCGAAUACUCCGACUUUCCUCCUCUGGGAACAACUUCAGCCUCGGGUUGCAGAAGGAUAAGGCUAUGGCCCUCAAGUUCGCACGUGGACUUGUGGUUAAACUGACCACUAAAUGUGCAUCUAAGUCAAAUUCUGUGCAUUUUAAAGUUAUGGUGUGUAAUCGGAAAAGAGAGAUUGUCUGGAUGACUGUGAGGUGGCGACUUGCUCCGUGA